AGUUUAUGGUCCACUUCCCAGCACCUCAACUCGCGCAUCCAUCGCGGCACCAACAUUGCCUGCCCUUUCUGUGACCGCAGCUACGCCACAGCGACCGGUCUCAUCCAUCACAUCGAGACGGGCUCCUGUCCACAGGCACCGAAUCUCAAUCGCGACCAGAUCUACCGUAUCAUCAGGUCCAAAGAUAGCCAUGGCGUCAUGACCAAGAACCUGCUUGAUUGGCACGGCUCCGACUCGUACGAAGCCACGGGGCGCGCCUGGAACGGCUACGCUUAUGAGUGCUAUCUUUGCCACCGCUCCUUCACCACCCUUAAAGGCCUCAACCAGCACCUUGGCUCCCCAGUUCACCAGCAAUCUUUCUACCACUGCCCUAAGCGGGAUUACCGCCAAGACUUUAAGAACCUCGCGGGCCUAAUCAACCACCUGGAAAGCGAGAAAUGCGGCUUCAUGCGCUUCAACGACGUCCAAAACCGGGCUCAAGACAUGAUGAGAAAUGGCCGGCUCUUGACGUGA